AAAGCGCCACCUAUCGGUUGUUUCCCUGGGAACAUUCUGCGGGACGCUUUUUGCACUGAUUUCCUACCGAGUGAAAAACAUAUCAAUUAUAAAUUCCAAAAUACCGAUAAAAUUGGCCAGAAUUUUUCAGAAUCAGUGGUGCUGUUCCAGCAACAAGAUGUCCCACUUUAAUCUGACGUAUUUGGGUUACCAAGAUCCGAUCAGGGAGAAGGUUUUGCAGCCGAAUCCCGAGUACCAAUACCGACUUGUUCAGGACGUCCCGAGGGUCCCGAAGGGUUCCUAUGUGACAUUCAGGCCGCCGACGUCCAAGCUUCCACCGAUCGACAUGCACAAAUACAACAAGGUGACACAGCCGGGAAAAUACGAAGAGCACAGUGGAUCGUAUGUGAAAUUCACGGAGAGACUGCACAAGCACACUAGAACAAACAGCGCACCCAAUGAGAUCUAUCGAGCCCAGCUGACCACUUCCGUGAAGCCAGGCUGGUGGAGUGAGAAUGACAGCAUCCAUCAGAGAGAGCCCUGGACGCACACCCCCAGGAGGGUCAUGGUCAACAGUGAAAUGACAAGAUUUGUGAACGAGAUGAGUCUGACCAACAGGGAAUUCUCUCUCUUCUAGGCAACUGCCGCACCAGCUACAUGCCAGGAGAAUUGACAUAAAACAUUUGGAUAAACUCUGAUUCUCGCCUCACUUGUAACAAAGUGGGGUAGUUAUGCUUAGAGAUCAUAAACUUAUGGUCAAACAAUGACUACAUUAAAAGGAAAACCAGAACUGCUUGGGAACUUGUAAAGUGGUAAUUAACAAAGCACAAACGUUGGACAUGUGGCCUCUGAGUCGAAGUAUACAACUUCAGACAAUAGGAGGUUGAAAAUUGUAAAAAAAUUAUGGUUGAUUUGUUGUUGUUGCAUAGUUGCCAGUGCCAAUCCAACAGAAUCUGUAAAAAUUGUUUCUCUCACAGAAUCUUAGAGAAGUGUCAAAUCUCAAUACACCUCGAGCAUAGCAGCCAUCUUAGAGGGCAAUGAAUAAGCUGAUCUUUCAAGCAUGCAUUGUAGUACUGAAUUAAUAUUGACAAAUGUAUGUAAACCCGAAAUGAAACUGACUGGGUGCACAUUAAUUUUAUGGUUGAACCAAGAAAUUGACCAGAGUUGGAUUUGAACCUGCAGCCUCAGUCAGA